AAAAUAAAAUAAAAUAAAAUAAAAUAAAAUAAAAUAAAAUAAAAUAAAAUAAAAUAAAAUAAAAUAAAAUAAAAUAAAAUAAAAUAAAAUAAAAUCCUUACAGGUGAGCGAGGGUGUGUCGGUUGCGAACGAAUUGUCCCUUUGGAGCCGGGAUUUCCAUCACUACGCCUGUUUGUUUGUUUGUUUGUUUUUUUUUAAAUAAAAGCCGGAAUACCGGAAAGUCUUAAAAGAGGAUACGGACACAAGUGUCUAAUAUGGAGUUUGGUUGCUCCUGUCAGCCUGUCAGGACGUUUUAAACACCCUGCUGUCACUCAAACCGCCAUCAGGGGAAGCCCUCGGGUUCAUGUGACGUCAUCAUCCCGGAAGUGUUGUGCGAUACCACUGAGUUCAUUUCUGAUACCAAUCCGAUACCAUGUACAAAUAUGUCUGGUGAACGUUAAAAAGUUGAGUAUAAUACAUCAAUAUUACAUAAAUUCCCAAUUUAAUCAGUUAUAUAAGUUAUAAAUGCUAUGUUUUUAACCCCUGAAGUACAUUGAGGUAUCAAGGGGAUUUGCAAUAUAUCCAAGCUAACACACAAUGACAGAAAAACAGGACAAAAUCAUAUAAAAUAUGUGAAAGUGAUAAUUGAAACAAUGAAAAAAGUCAAAUAAUGAAACCAUUAAAAUAUACAAUUAAUUAUGAAGAACUACUACAAGAAUGACAACUAUUCACAAUUAUCCCAAGUAACAGAACCGGUAUCGGAAGUAUCGAUAUUUCAGUAUCGAUCCGCACAUCACUUCAGCGAGGAUGUCACUCCUCAGUCACACGCUCAGUCUUAAGGGGAUAAAGUCAGAGAGGAGCGCGUCUGACAACUCUUGCUUUCUUUAAACUUCCUGACACUUUCCGGGGGACAAAUAUGUGACCGGAAGUGAUACUUUGACGGCUUUUAAAGGGAAGAAACAAACAGACGUGUGCUGCUGUUAGCAUCGUCCAAAGCUUAGCUAGCUAACACUCACCCGGCUGCCGUGUGGACGACAGACGGAGUGGAUGUCAGACGUAGCACAUGGCCUGUAUCCUGCUGACAAACAUGAAUCCGUCCACUUCCUGUCCCGCUCCGCAUCUCGCCAACGGACUCCCCCCGGAACAGCUCCUCGCAACCUCCAGACCCGACCCCAAGCAGGACGACGCAUGCCUGAGCGUCCAUCUGUACCACGCGGCAGGAGAGGAGCGCGUCCUCGCCUACCCGCCUGGCGAGUACGUGGCGGAAGAGCUCUGCAUCCUUGCGGCCAAAGCGUGUGGUAUCGCUCCCUUGUACUUCAACCUGUUCGGCCUGAUGAGGGAAAGCGACGGGGUGUGGUUCCCUCUCAAUCACGUCUUUAAACUGCACCCUCCAUCCAGCGACACCCUGCACUUCAGGAUCAGGUACUACUUUCCUGGCUGGUACAACAGCGGCAGUUCGUCAUACGCCCACCGCUGUGGUCUUUCCAAGGGCCUGGACAGCCCUGUUAUGGACGACUGCGUCAUGACCUACCAGUUUUUCCAGUGGCGAAGUGACUUCCUGGGCGGCAGGGUCGUGAUCCCAAUGGGCCACGAGGCCCAGGAAGAGUGUCUGGGCAUGGCGGUGCUGGACAUGAUGCGUCUCGCCAAAGAGAGCGGCCGAUCACCAGUCACCAUCUACAACGAUACCAGCUACAAGUCCUUCCUGCCGAGCUGCAUGCGGCGCCGCAUCCAACAGUACAACAUCCUGACCCGCAAGCGCAUCCGCUUCCGCUUCAAAAAGUUCAUCCAGCAGUUCAGCGAGUGCAAGGCCACGGUGUGCAAGCUCCGCCUCAAGUACCUGAUGAGCCUGGAGAUGCUGCUGCCGUCGCUCCACUCCGAGCGCUUCCACGUCAGCGACCUGUCGGGGCACGACGUCACCAUGGUGGUCACGGGCACCAAGGGCAUCCAGUGGUCCAAAGGGAAGGGGGAGCGAGUGGAGGAGGUGAGGAGGGGGGGGGGGGCCCGUGUGAGCUGCAGCAGAUGGUUAUUGACGAUCGUUCAUUUCUUCCAUGUUGCUUUCCAGACGCUGCAGACGUACUGCGACUUCCCAGAAAUCAUCGACAUCAGCAUCAAACAAGCCAACACGGAAGGCUCGGCGGAGAGUCGAAUAGUCACCCUGACCAGACAAGACAACCAGAUCCUGGAACUGGAGUUCCAGUCUCUCCCAACGGCCUUGUCCUUUAUAUCGUUAGUGGACGGCUAUUACCGACUGGUUGCGGACGCACAUCAUUACCUGUGCAAGGAGGUGGCUCCGCCCAGGCUUGUGGAGUGCAUCCAGAGCCACUGUCACGGCCCCGUGUCGAUGGAGUUCAGCAUUAGCACGCUGCGUCGCUGCGGCAACCGGCAGGGCCUGUACAUGCUGCGUCGCAGCCCCAGAGACUACCACAAAUUCUUUAUGUCCUUUGUGGUGGGGCACGAAGCCGUGGUGGACUACAAGCACUGCCAGAUCAUGAAGACUGAGACCGGGGAGUACGUCCUCAACGGCGCCAAGAGAAGCUUUGGCUCGCUGAGGGAACUUCUCAAUUUCUACCAGAAGGAGGCGCUGCGCACUGACGGCUACACGUUCCAGCUGACCAAAUGUUGUCCCCCCAGCUCCAAACACAAAUCCAACCUGUUAGUGUGUCGAAAUGACCAAAGUCCUGAGGUGCUCCUAUCUCCGUCUCUCCACAAAAACAUCAGCCAGAUGGUUUUCCACAAGAUACGGAAGGAGGACCUCAUCAUCAACGAGAGCCUUGGCCGGGGGACCUUCACCAAGAUCUUCUCCAGCAUCAGGAAGGAGCUGGGAGACUACGGAGAGAUUCAUCAGAUCCAUGUGGUCGUCAAGAUCCUGGACAAGGCCCAUCGGAACUACUCCGAGUCGUUCUUCGAAGCCGCAAGCAUGAUGAGCCAGCUUUCCCACAAGCACUUGCUCCUCAACUACGGCAUUUGUGUUUGCGGAGACGAGAACAUUACGGUUCAGGAGUAUGGAAAGUUCGGGUCUCUGGACACGUACUUGAAGAAGAACCGAAGCAGCAUCAACAUCGUAUGGAAGCUGGAGGUGGCCAAGCAGCUGGCUUGGGCCAUGCAUUACCUGGAAGACAAGAACGUUGUCCACGGUAACGUGUGCGCCAAGAAUGUCCUGGUGAUCCGAAAGGAGGACCACAAGACGGGCAGCCUACCCUUCGUCAAGCUCAGCGACCCCGGCAUCGGCAUCGGCGUGCUUCCCAAAGAAGUUCUGUUGGAGCGGAUCCCGUGGGUGUCGCCCGAAUGCAUCCAGAACCCCCACAAUCUGGGUUUAGCCACAGAUAAGUGGAGCUUCGGCACCACCCUCUGGGAGAUCUGCAGCGGCGGAGACAAGCCCCUCGGCGCCCUCGACUGCUGCAAGAAGCUGCUGUUCUACCAGGACAGGCACCAGCUGCCGGCACCUAAAUGGGCGGAGCUGGCCAACCUGAUCGCCAGCUGCAUGGACUACGAGGCGUCACACCGUCCGUCUUUCCGAGCCGUCAUCCGAGACCUCAACAGUCUGUUCACGCCAGACUACGAGCUGCUGGUGGAGAGCGACAUGCUGCCCCCGCGGACGCGAGGCUUCGGCCUUCCCUGGGCCUCCGACAGCCAGGAGCCGGCGCAGUUCGAGGAGCGACACCUCAUCUUUCUCAAGCAGCUGGGCAAAGGCAACUUCGGCAGCGUGGAGAUGUGCCGCUACGACCCCUUGCAGGACAGCACGGGCGAGGUGGUGGCGGUCAAGAAGCUGCAGCACAGCACGGCCGAGCACAUGAGGGACUUUGAACGUGAGAUCGAGAUCCUCAAGUCUCUCCAUCACGACAACAUCGUCAAGUACAAAGGAGUGUGCUACAGUGCGGGACGGAGGAACCUGCGCUUGAUCAUGGAAUAUCUUCCCUACGGCAGCUUGAGGGACUACCUCCUGAAAAACAAGGCGUACUUUGACUCCAAGAAACUCCUGCUGUAUGCUCUCCAGAUCUGCAAGGGUAUGCACUACCUGGCCACCAAGCGCUACAUCCACAGAGACCUGGCCACCAGGAACAUCCUGGUGGAGAGUGAACUGAGGGUGAAGAUCGGCGACUUUGGUUUGACCAAGGUGCUGCCCCAGGACAAGGAGUACUACACCGUGAGGCAGCCCGGGGAGAGCCCCAUUUUUUGGUAUUCUCCAGAGUCUUUGACCGAGAGCAAGUUCUCCGUGGCCUCGGACGUGUGGAGUUUUGGAGUGGUCCUCUAUGAGCUUUUCACCUACUGUGAUAAAAGCUACAGCCCGCCUGCGGUGUUCAUGGAGCAGAUGGGCCACGAGAAGCAAGGGCAGAUGAUCGUCUAUCAUCUCAUCGACCUUCUCAAGCAAGGCUACCGCUUGCCCGUGCCGGAGAACUGCCCCCAGGAGAUACGCCACAUGAUGGCCGAGUGCUGGAGCGGCGAGCCGGGACGGAGGCCCACUUUUCAGAUGUUAAUCCACAGCGUGGAGACGGCGCGAGACAACGCGGACUAGCUUGGUGUUGUUUACGUGAGGACUGGAUACACUACACCUGAAGAGGGGUCCCUAGGGGAGUCCACAACUAGCCAAUAUUUCAUCAUAUCGUUUUAAGGAAUCAUCCAUUUUUUUUUACUAAUAUAUUUUUAUACGUGUAAAUAGGUCAAACAUUGCUCAUUGUGCGCUUUUUUGUGUUACGUAGGGACAAAAAAUAAGAAAACAAAUAUUUAAAACUCAUUAAAACCCUCCCCUUUCUAAUAAACGUCAUGUAUCACAUUUUUAGUUGGCGAUUAUUAAGUGGGGAUGAAAAACAAAACAAAUAAGUGGUUUCUUACAUAUUUAGACAAUAUUUAUUUCUCUUCAAAAUGCUGAAAGAUGACCGUGAUGCGAGUAGAAAGAAACAGGAUGUCCUCACAACCUCAACACAAGAGUCCGAUAUCGUUCUUAUUGCAUCCCUGGCUGCAGCAAAUCCCCGCUACUCCCAGAGAAAAGUGCCGCCUCCUCCUCCUACUCCUACUACUCCUUCUCCUCCUCCUGCUGCUGCCACUCGUGUGCUGGUCCUCUGCUGCCAGGACGGCUAAAACGGGAGACAAGUGAGACGUGUCCCACAGCUGCCGGCGUAAGGACAGGAGGUCCUCCAGGGAGGAGGAAGAGGACGGGGGUGCUCGCAGGGAAAGGGGGCUGCCCUUGUGGAAGGAGGUGUCCGUCGUCUUGUCUCUCCAGCGGACAGCUUCUGGAGGAUGAUGGAAAACAGGUAUUUGUGUCAUGUGACUGAAAGCAGACUGUUUAUUUACAUAGUGUUACUUCUAACUGCUUGGAUUUCACCAAAAGCUUCUAAAAUAGACUUUUAAAGGCAUGCGUUUGUGACACGUUAACCCAAAUCCCAAACAAAUAUGUUGUCUGAUUGUUUGAAUGUCAGUUAUUAUAUUCUACUAUAUUUACCAGCUCAGAUUUCACCAAAAGCUUCUAAAAUAGACUUUUCAAGGCGUGUGUUCGUGGCACGUUAACUCAAAUCCCAAACCAAAAUGUUGUCUGACUGCUUAAAUAUGUAAAUUAUUCGAUUCUACUAUAUUUACCAGCUCAGAUUUCACCGAAAGCUUCUAAAAUAGACUUUUAAAGGCGUGCGUUUGUGACACGUUAACUCAAAUCCCAAACCAAAAUGUUGUCUUACUGCUUGAAUAUGUAGGUUAUUAGAUUCUACUAUAUUUACCAGGUCAGAUUUCACCAAUAGCUUCUAAAAUACUUUUCAAGGCAUGCGUUCGUGCCAUGUUAACCCAAAUCCCAAACAAAAAUGUUGUUUGAUUGAAUAUGUCAGUUAUUAGAUUCUACUAUAUUUACCAGCUCAGAUUUCACCAAAAGCUUCUAAAAUAGACUUUUAAAGGCGUGCGUUUGUGACACGUUAACCCAAAUCCCAAACCAAAAUGUUGUCUGAUUGCUUGAAUAUGUAGGUUAUUAGAUUCUACUAUAUUUACUAGGUCAGAUUUCACCAAUAGCUUCUAAAAUAGACUUUUCAAGGCAUGCGUUCGUGCCAUGUUAACCCAAAUCCCAAACAAAAAUGUUGUCUGAUUGUUUGAAUAUGUCAGUUAUUAGAUUCUACUAUAUUUACCAGACUGGAUUUCACCAAAAGCUUCUAAAAUAUACUUAUAAAGGGCGACUUUUGUGGUGUAACUCAAAUAUUCCCGACCAAAAUGUCCAAUGGGUUGAAUACACAAGUGUAUUUCACAAAUAGCUUCAUAAAUAUAAGAUAUAAGAUUUCUCCAAAAGCUUCUGAAAUAUGCUUUCAAAAUGGCAGCUUUUUUGACAUAUUACGUGACAUAACUGAAAAUAUAAUAUAUCUGUUGGGUUGAAUAUACUUGGGUUGUAUAUUCCAAAAUAUACUUUUAAAGAGCAACUUUGGUGACAUAUUCCAUGACAUACUGAAAACCAUUCCGAGUGGGUUGAAUAUGUAGGUUAUGUUUAUACGUCACUAUUUUUUUAACCAAAAGCUUCCAAAAUAUACUUUAAAAGAGUAACUUUGGUGACAUAUUCCGUGAAAUACCAAAAAACUCCUACUGGGUUGUUGAAUAUGUAGGUUAUUUUUAUACUCUGCUAUUUUUUUUAACCAAAAGCUUCUAAAAUAUCAUUUUAAAGAGCAACUUUGGUGACAUAUUCCUGUACAUACCGAAAAACAUUCCUUGUGGGAACUUUGGUGACAUAUUCCGUGACAUACCAAAAAACUCCAAGUGGGUUAGGUUAUUUUUACACUCUGCUAUUUUUUUAACCAAAAGCUUCCAAAAUAUACUUUAAAAGAGCAACUUUGGUGACAUAUUCCAUGACAUACCAAAAAACUCCUAGUGGGUUGAAUAUGUAGGUUAUUUUUAUACUCUGCUAUUUUUUUGCCAAAAGCUUCUAAAAUAUCAUUUUAAAGAGCAACUUUGGUGACAUAUUCCUUGACAUACCAAAAAACUCCAAGUGGGUUAGGUUAUUUUUAUACUCUAUUUUUUUAACCAAAAGCUUCCAAAAUAUACUUUAAAAGAGCAACAUUGGUGACAUAUUCUGUGACAUACCAAAAAAACUCUUAGUGGGUUGAAUAUGUAGGUUAUUUUUAUACUCUGCUAUUUUUUGCCAAAAGCUUCUAAAAUAUCAUUUUAAAGAGCAACUUUGGUGGCAUAUUCCUUGACAUACCAAAAAACAUUCCGAGUGGGUUGAAUAUGUAGGUUAUUUUUAUACUCUACAAUUUUUUUAACCAAAAGCUUCCAAAAUAUCAUUUUAAAGAGCAGCUUUUGUGACAUAAUGCAAAGAUUGUGUAAAAUAUACGUGCUUUUAAAAGGGCAUCUUUUGUGACAUUACAAAAUGUCCGAAAUGUCAUUGUAUGGUAUUUUUAUAUUCCGCUCAUUUCUUUUUGGGCAGCUUGGAUUUCACCAACAGUGUCUAAAAUAUACUUUUAAAGAGCGCCACUGUCCACUGUUUCCACAGUAGAGUUCUUCUGAAGCAAACAUGAGUUUGUGUGUGAGAGCAUUAGAAUGUUAGUAUGUUAGCACAGUGCAGAGGGAACUGUCUAUGGUGCUGACUGGACUACAGAUUGGACUUUUCUCCUUAAAAAAAUCAACCAAUUUGAGCGUACUAAGAAGAGAAAUAUGUACUUACCCAUGGAGCGCCUCCAGCGUGAGCCCCCGCAGGUGAAAAUGACGGCUCUGAUGAAUUCCCUGCCGCACAGCUUGACGCCAAAGUCCCGUGCUACGAGCGCUUCAGCCCGCACGCCGUGGCCCGCGCACAGCGCCAGAGUGAGCACGCACACUGUGGCUCCACAAAGCAUUUUUGGGACCGGGCCACUCCACCGGCAGCACAAGUUGGGCUUGACUUGAUGUCAGUCUCAAGUCUGAACGGACGUCUGGGUUGCUCUGUGCUGGUGGACGUGGCGUGGACGUGAGCUCUUUAACCGUCACCCGUGAAGUCGGCAAGUCCAUCCCCUCCCUCGCACAAACACGCACGUGCGUCAUUCCCAUCGAUGACGUGAUCAGUUAUUUCGUCUCUAUUUGCACCCGCAGGUCUACCUUUCAACCAAAUGGUGACUUUCUACAAUAAUAAUCCUUCUAUAUGUCAUGGCUUGGACAUAGCAUACCAGGAAUAACUCUGCCUGGCUUUUUCUUUGGCUUUAUGACAAAAACCCUUUCAUUUUUUUACACCCUCGGUAGUAUUUCAAGUGAUUACAUUUGGACUCAGAACAGAUGAGUUCAAUGGUAAAAGGUUUUUUGUGCCAACAUUAAAGAUAUAUAUAUAGAUAUAUAUCAAAUAGAGCUGAAGCUAAAUGAUCAACAUGGACAUUGGAAGUGUUUUAUAUAGUAAAAGCUUUUAUAUACAUUUAUUACAUGGCUGAUUCCAAAUGAUAUCGUUCAUAAUGUGACUAAAAACAGUUGUAAUGUAAUUAUUCCAGAGGAUAUUUCGCCAUUUCAUGAAUGAAUGGCUAAUCUAUUCCGGGAUUUUAAUGGUUCAUUUCUUGGUUUAAUAAUCAGGAUUUAAUUUUGGCACAAAAAAAGAUGUGACUUAGCUGUUCCAUCCAUCACUUGUCUAAGAUGGAGGCCAAGCUGCUCUUAGCGCGACGGGCUUUCUCGACGCUGUCGAAGGUUGGAGUCCCAUGAGGAAGGGCCAGGCGCUCGUGUUCUGACGCCAUGAUGCUCUCGGCCUCGCCUAGAGGACGAUGGAGAGCACAGGGCUGUGUCAUGGAGACAAAGCAUGUUCUACUACAAAUCAUCAUAGUAUAGAGUACACACGUUACAUAUGUUUCUAAUACAUAUGUGGUGUCCUACUGCUAAAAUGUAAAUCAUUAUUCAAAGAUAUUUCCGAUGAAAAGAGCCCUCUGUUUUUAAGUACCUACUGCAAAAACACCUGUCAAAGAUCCUUCUAAAGCAGGGGCCUCAAACACGCGGCCCGCGGGCCAAAUGUGGCCCGCAGGACACUAGUUUGAGGCCGCCGCCUUGAUAUGAAAGUUUAAUAUUAGUGCGGCCCGCGCAAGUUUGAUAUGGAUGCUGUAUGCUAUCAUGUACCCAGAAAAAAUUAUUACGUUUGAUUAAUGUUCAUGUUAAAGGUUAAAUAACUGUUAAUAGUUAUCCUCCCUAUCCGUGUGGAAGUGGUAAGUUUUUGGCUAUUUAAGUUUAAAGGAAAUAACUUGAAGGCCACCGUUUAGGUUGCUAGCUCUCUAGUUUGCGAGUUAGCAUGUGUCUCAAGACCCUGUAGUUGC